CAGAAAGAACAUUUUGAAUUGUUCAAAAAUGCCUUUGAUUUUAAGCAGAUAGUUGAUGACGUUUGGAUAAACAAUUUUUGUUUACCAAUCUGCUUUGCGGCCCUUGCCAAGCCCAAUAAGAUCUAUGCGUAAUGGCGACAGUCAGGUGGUAAUUGGAGAGUGGUAUUGAAAACCUAUCUCCGAGAGGCUCCAAUCCUAGAAUUUUUUAAAAAAUAUAGUGCCGUCAAAGACAUCAUUUGUUCCUCUACAACAACUUGAGCUUUAUUUUUCAAUUUAAAAGAACACAAUUGAGCAUCUCAACUGGUAUAUCAGAUCUGAUUUCCUAAAAGUUAAUUUGGUAAUGGAAUUGGUUCUACUGUAAUUCCAAAAAGGUUGCUUCGUUUUCCAAUUUAUUGCUUUGAUGAAGUUUUGCUUUUUUUUUCUGGCUCUGGCAGUACUACCACUUUCUCUUUCAUCUACAACUGUGGCCGCCAGAUGGACAAGCGUGAGUCGGCGGCCUGUCAAACCGACUUUGCAUUUUCUAAGGAUAUUGAUCUAUAAGAUUUUCGCCCUUUGGAGGAACAGGGCAGGAAAAGCACAUUGGCCUUAAUAAUUCUAUUCUUCCUAGUCCAUAACAGGUUUGUUUACUUCUCAUGGGAUUCGAGCGUGACCAGCUAUCAUAAAAAAACGAGAAGAAAAACAAGUUCUCCUUCAAUUGAUCUCAUUCUCAAGUGAAUUUGAGUUGUCAUGAAGCUCGCGUCAGUUGCUUUGUGUUUGUACUUGCAGUGUUAACGUGUUAGAGGAAUAUCGGAACGACUUAGAAAAAAACUAGCAUCAAGGUUAUGUUUGUGCACUGCAGUCCAAAUGUCAAUUGAUUUUCGUUCUAUCGCCCUGUUUUGUAUCUGUUGGAAGCCCAGUCAUUUCAACCCGGAAACCUUUUAGCAGACAGUUUGUAUCACCGUGGGGUCGGUAUUUCACUCGACGGUGAUAAAGCGGGUAUCUGGGUGAACUUCAUCACGAAGAUUACAGAAAAUUACAAAUCCGUCAUAUUACAAUAGUACCGUUCGUCUAGAUAUUAACAUCGUUCUAUCUGGUGGCUCUCAACAAAAAUGGAAAACGAAUCCGAAAAAAAAUUUUUCCGUCUAAAACAUAUAAUUCCAAGAAAUUUGUCAGCGGCUUCCGUGAGUGCAAGUGCCAUUCAACCGGUGAACAAGCAAACUGCUUCGGUUAAUGCCCCGGAGGAAUUUGUCUUCAAAAUGACUUACGGGAACGUAGCAGCCAAAAUCUGGGGCCCUCCUGACGGACACCCUGUUUUUGCGAUUCAUGGCUGGCUGGAUAACGCCGGUAGCUUUGAUGCCCUGAUUCCUUUAUUACCGCCGAACCUACGAAUAGUUGCUGUCGACACCGCUGGUCAUGGAUUCAGCGACCCUUUUCCUCCUGACAUAGCCUAUAAUUUCAUUGACAGCGCACUAGCCAUCGAACGGCUAGCUAGGCAUUUCAAAUGGGAGAAAUUUUCGAUAAUAGGACACAGUUUAGGCGGUGCGAUGGGCAUGCUUUUCGCGGGAACCUUUCCAGAAAAAGUAGACAAGCUUGUAUGUCUCGACGUAGUCCGCGUCAUUCCCACGAAAACCGAAACGAUCGAUCUCAGGUUGCGUAAAGCAGUUAAUAAAUUGCUCAAGUUGGAAAACGCCAUACUGGCAGGCCCAGAAAAACCUAUGAGCUACGAAGUGGCUGUCGACAAAUGCGUUACAGGCACAUUUGGAUCGCUUGAUAAGAAAGCCUGUGAUAUUCUCUUUAAACGAGGACUAAGAAAGGUUGCAGAAGACGGAUACGUUUUUAGUCGAGACAGAAGACUUCUGGCUGCCCCCCUGUCGUUCAUCGCCAAAGAACAUCAACUUUUCUUAGCUCACAAAGUUACGGCCGAUGUUUUGGUAAUCAAGUUUUCUGAGGGACCUUAUUUUGAGGCUCCGGAGGACUACGAGGAACAUAUUGAAGCGCUGAAAACCAAAUCAAAACGUGUUCAAUACGUCCAAGUGGAGGGCAUGCAUCACACCCACCUUACAAAACCCGCGUCCGUCGCUCCUAUUAUUUCCGACUUUUUCAAGGGUCUUUAAAUGUUUAUAUUAUUGUUACAUUAUACAUACCAAAAACCAUUUAUUAUGUUUCAAUUCGACACACCUUAGCGAAUGGAAAAAUUUGUCGUUGACUUGGUUCUUAUUUCGAAAUACAUUUUAUGGGUCACAUAACAA